GCCCCCCAACUGGGCAGCACCCUUCCUGUGCUGCGGGGACGCCGGCGCCUUCACCGACACCCAUGGGGUCUGUCACUGGCUGUGCCACCUCCAGCCGAGCUUUUGGGUGCAGGGACGGAGGCAUGGGGUGUUCAGGGGCCCCUUCAAGGCCUGUCCCCAGGAUGGGGGUGCAUCCGGCACCCCCCCUCACCCGCUUCCCGCAGGCUUUAUCAGCGGGGCCGCUCCUUAGGGACAACUCUGGGGCGCCGCGGGGACGAUGUACGGCAACGUCGAGUCCAGUCGAGCGGCCUGUGGUGACCCAUGCAACAUGGAGGAGAACCCCUACGAGCCCCUGGACCCCGUCAUCGCCCCGCCAAACCUGAAGAACGCACCCAACCCCCCAGGUACAGGGAGGGCGAGAGCUUCGCCAGCAGGACAAAACUCCUCUGCGGUUACAGCCCGUGGCAGCCAGCGCUGCCCAAACCGGGAGCCGGUCAUCACUCACCUGCCCUCCUCAGCCUCAGGGUGCUGCUCCAGGGAGAAGCUAGUGCUGGCAGGGACCGUGGCCCUGGGGGUCUCGGUGCUAAUGAACGUGCUCUUCCUCACCAUCGGCUCACGGCACGUUGCAGCCCUGACGGAGGCACUGGAGGCAGAGAAGGCAAAGGAGCUGCCGAACGCAGCCUCCCGCUCUUUCCUGCUGUACAAUGAAAACCACCGCAAGUGCGUGGAAGCCAACGGGCAGCACCUGACGGUGACCACGUGCCGCCCCGACGCCACAGCACAGCAGUUCCAGUGGUUAGACGGGGGCCGGCUGCGGGGCUGGGCCAGCCGGCGCUGUGUUACGGCCACCCACGGGGAAAAUCUGGCCAUUGUGAGGCUGGAGCCGUGCCGGGAUGAUGGGAAGCUGCAGCGCUGGGAGUGUCGUGGCGGCGGGCUGCUGGCACUUGCUGGCUACGAUCUCUAUUUCAAUUACGGCAACAACAAGGAGCACACGGUCAUGCUUUACACCGGCGACCGCGAGUGGAGCCGUUGGGUCAUCCACGGGAGCCAGGAUGACGUCUGUUCCCGCUCCUGCUGUCCCGCUUGCUCCAAAGGUUGGACCUAUUUCAGGAACUCCUGCUAUUUUGCCUCCAAGACGGCUGGCUCCUGGGAGCAUGCCCAACGUUUCUGCUUGGUCCUGGGCACGCAGCUCCUGGAGGUGGACGGCCCCGAGGAGAAGCAUCACGUCCAGACCAUGCUGCAAGGCUCCUCUUGGCUCGGCAUCAGGGACGAAGAGGUCGAGGGUACCUGGAAACGAGCAAACGGGACUGUCCUACCCCGGGAAACCAGCUCGUGGCACAGGAACGAGCCCAAUGGCGGGAACCGAGAGAACUGUGCAGCAGUGAGAAAGGAUGGCGAGUGGUACGACUACCCCUGCACGAGCAAACUCCCCUGGGUGUGCGAGGGAGAACCCUGAGAGUGUGAGGGACUCCCCAACCCCCCUCCCCCAGCACCCACCACCCCUCCUGGUCACUCCCCACUUACCUUAUGUGCCCUGCAGUGCUCUGGGAUGCAGCCCUGACCUCCAGCACGUCUUUUUAGGGGUCCACAGAUGGAUCUCUGAGGACAAUUUGGGGUACGGGGUGGACCGGGGUUCCCUGUGGGGCAAUAAACACGCGUGCAGAGUUGA